AUGGGUGCCAAAAAAUUGUUCUUCAAGCUUCGAAAGUUUCAAAACGGAAUCAAACCUUCUUGCGCUCAGAAUCCGCAACUCCAGAGGGUCUCCACGAAUGAAUCGUUAACCUUUUCCUUUUAUGAAAGAAGGAAGGCGACCGAGAACAGAUUAGCAAAGGAAAGAGGGGUAAGAAACUUUUUAGUAGAAGAAGAACAAAGGAAAAGGAGGAAAGACGAGAAGAACCGAUUAAAAAAUGAGGCAAAAGAAGCAAGACAGAGGGUGGCUGAGGAAUUCGCCAUGGGCCAAUUAAGUUUGAAAGAGAUGAAGGCCCAGCUAAAGAAAUCGAAAAAGAAGGAGAAGGCAACGAAUGGUGGUUUUACUCCUAGGAAUCCUGAUGAGGACGAUAUUGAUGGGGAGUGGGACUGGAAGGGCGACGCGGUGAGCUUAAGAGAGUGGGCUUAA